AUGUUUAGUACUAAGGGAAAGACGGGGAAGAAGGGUGGAUUUUUAGGGGAGGUGGAUUCGGAUGUAGAAUCGCUAUUUUCAACCAAUACAAAUGACCCUGGCGAUUCUUACCCAUUGAUAGGAAGCGAUGGACCAAUGCGUCGCAAAAUACUGCUAAUUUGUUGUUUCAUAGGAUGGUACGUACUGAAUGUGGCUUAUGUCAUUGAAAACAAAAAGACACUUAACACAAUCCCACUGCCAUGGACAUUAUCAGCAUUACAACUAAGCGCUGGAUGGAUCUUUGCAGCAUUUUUCUGGUGUACAGGAUUCAGAAACCGCCCGCAGUUUUACGACAUUAACUCGAUGAUAAACGCUAUACUACCACAGGGGAUAUUUCACCUUAUUGUACAUCUUGGUGCGGUUAUUUCCAUGGGACUUGGAGCCGUAUCAUUUACACAUGUAAUUAAAUCAGGCGAGCCAGUCGUCACUGCCAUUUUAUCAGCUGCGCUACUUAAUCAAUACAUGAGUUGGCAAUCAUACUUAGCCUUGUUUCCCAUAAUAUUUGGAGUAGCUCUUUCUAGCGCCCACGAAAUACAUUUCAAUACGGCUGCGUUUGUCUAUGCAAUGAUCUCAAAUGUAGGUUCGGCAAUUCGGGCUAUUUUGGCCAAAAAUAUUAUGUCUAGAAGGCAUAGUUACGGAAAAAAUAUAGAUAUGACAAACAUAUAUACACUAAUGACCCUGGUAUCAUCAAUGCUAUCUAUACCAGUGGUCAUCUUUGUGGAGGGAAGACUUUGGGUACCUGUGUGGAUAGCGGUCACUAAUAAAAUGACGAAUAAGGAUGUUUUAUGCAUGUGCCUCCGGGCGUUUUUGUCUGGUGUAUGGUAUUACUUUAGUAACGAGUUGGGAUUCAUUUGCCUGAGCCAGAUCAACCAAGUGUCUCAUGCAGUGGCAAACACUAUCAAGCGGAUCGCCAUUAUCGCCGCCAGCCUUAUUGUCUUCAAGCAUCCGGUCAGCACCCUAGGUUUACUCGGUGCCUUCAUUGCUAUACUAGGCACUUGCUUCUACUCCAUCUGUAGACACAAGUGGCCAUAA